AUGCUCAAACCGAAAAUUAUUAGGCCGUGCUGCGUGGGGUUUCUGAGUCGCUCCAGCCUGCUGCUUGCGCUUGUGGCGCUGCUCGCUGUGACGGGCGCGCGCGCGACCAACCCCAACGACGACGACCACAGUGGCUCGUACGGCGACGAGGUCGUCAUGGUGCCGCCGUUCGUGGCUUGCGUGCAGACAGUGACGUCGCUUGCCGCGCUCGUCCCGGCUCUUCAAGCGCUCGGCACAACAAACACCCUGCCACCGCAGACCAUCUGCAUGCCCCCCGGCGAGUACACUGGCACUGGCACCACGCUGGUUUCCGUCUCCGGCCUGCAUGUCAUCAUCCGCUCGUCCGUGCCUGGGUCGCCCGUGAAGAUUCUGGGCAAUGGCGCUCAGGGCCUGUUUGCUGGCGACUAUGGUGGCAGGACUGGCGGCACGUACAAUGUCACCAUCAUCGACUUCAUCUUUGAGAAUGGGUAUCGCCCAAACGGCAACGGCGGUGCGGCUGUUUUCGUUGGGGUUGGGUAUUCGACCGUCGCCGUUGUGGACUGGACGUUCAUCAACUGCCAGUUCCGGAACAACCGUGCUGUGUCCUACGGGAUCUCAUAUUCCUCGGGUGGCGCCGUGCGCCUGCACAUCUACACGGAUAAGUCGAGUGUUUCUCGCAUGACAUUCUCGCAAUGCACUUUUACCAAUAACAGUGCCACAUAUGGUGGUGCCUUUGGUAUGUCCCGCGGAUCCGGCGAUGGCGCGUCUGUCAUUGGGUGGGCCGAUGUUCGCUUCAGCGCGUGCCUUUUCGAUCAGAACGCUGCGAGCUACGGCGGGGCCAUUUACACACAGUACAGCAAUCUUCGCAUCGUCAACUCGAACAUUACGCGCAACGGCGGCGGUGCUGUCUCCGCGUUCAUGGCGCCUCUGCCAGGCAUGGACGACUGCACGCUGGUCACCCGCAACGUGCGGUUUGUGGGCAACGUAUUGUCUGGGCCAUUCACAGCUACUUGCAGCUCUGCGCUGAGCGUGGUACUAGACGGCCCGACUACGGGCGUGUCGAUGCAAGACACCCACUUCCUUGACAACUGGUGCAACGGUACCUCCCUCACCAAUUGCGGCACCAUGUUCGUGAGCAACUAUUACGGCGAUUCGUUUGUUGCGGUGGCAAACACAGAGUUUAUCAACAACACGGGUGAGGCCAACGUCAUGUUCACUCUUUCGACCGGGGCGCGCACCAGUGUAGUUCUCCACAACUCAUGCUCGGUCAAGGUUCGCAUGUCCACACACCCAAUGUCUUUCGUAUCCUUGCCGAUGCGUUCCAGUGUGUCCGACUUUUGUGCGUCAUCGAUCAUCCCGCGGCUGCCAAACUUUGUCUACCCAUCGAAACACAACAUACCGGGACCCGUGGUCAUGAACUGCACGGACGACUCCGUCCCGCAGUACUAUCAUUCCGACACGCUGCCGCUGCCAUCGUGCACUUUGGGGUGCACGCUCGCUCCGUUUGUCUUCCAGUAUGCGCCCGAGGCGCGGUGCCUGCAGUCAUGCUACGGCUACGGGUACGCCAAUCCGAACUUCCAGUGCGUGCCUGGCGUUGGGUGCUUGCCGUUUGGUCUCGUCGCCGAUCCCAUCGCCGCUGCUUGCGUCAGCGACUGCCCAGUCAGCCUCCCUUGGCUCGACGCUGUCACGAACGAAUGCCGCCCCUGCGAGCAGGGUCUGUUUUGGGACAAUUCGACCUCUGCUUGUGUCAGCUCGGCAGAUUGCACUGCGCCCAAUUCAUUUGGCGACCCGCUCACGCGGUUCUGCGUGCCACAAAGCCAGUGCUCUGCCGCCUACCCAUUCGCUUUGGGCACACUUUGCAUCGAUCUGUGCCCCGAAGGUCUGUUUGGCGACGUGCCAACGCACCAGUGCCUCAACCUGACCGAAUCGUCGUGUUCUGCGUCCACUCCAUUUGCGAGCGUGGCCGACCGCCGCUGCUUCUCCACGGAAGAGUGCGCUGCACACAGCCUGGGCCUCAACUUUGUGAACAGCACGUGCGAUGCGUGCAGCAGCGUCGCCCUCGCACUGAACGUGACCAGCGGCAUGUGCGCCUGCGUGGCCACGAAUCUGUACUACUUACCGGAGACUGAUGCAUGCGUGCUGGCCGAUCAGUGCGCGACAAGCGGCACGACAAGCAUCUACAGCGACCGCUUGUGGAGGUGGUGCGUUCCGGUGAACCACUGCUCGCCCGAGUACCCAAUCUCGGCGGCGCCAUUUACCAUGUGCUUAACAGCCGCCGAGUAUCUUGCAGGGCUUGUUUCGGUGUCCCGAGCGAGUAUUCAAUCCAUCGCGACCGCGUCGCGCUCGGCCGCGUUGGCGAGUCACAGUAUAAUAUCUGCGUCGAGUGCCAGCGUGCGAUCUGUCAUGUCGGUGUCGAGUGCCAGCGCGCAAUCUGUCAUGUCGGUAUCGAGUGCCAGCGUGCAAUCUGUCAUGUCGGCGUCGAGUGCUAGCGCGAAAUCUGCCGUGUCGGCAUCGAGUGCCAGCGCGAAAUCUGCCGUGUCGGCAUCGAGUGCCAGCGCGAAAUCUGCCGUGUCGGCAUCGAGUGCCAGCGUGCAAUCCGCCGUGUCGGCAUCGAGUGCCAGCGCGAAAUCUGCCAUGUCUGCAUCCAGUGCCAGCGCAAAAUCCGCCGUGUCGCCAUCGAGUGUCAGCGUACAAUCCGCCAUGUCGGCAUCGAGUGCCAGCGUCCAAUCUGUCAUGUCUGUUGCGGGAACAAGCGCGACAAAUGCACCAGGUGGUGACCCCAGCGACGCAAGCUCUGCUCCCGUUGCCGCCAUCGGUGGCGCUGUUGGUGGAGUUGUCGCGGUGGUUGUCGUGGUGGUUGUGGUCGUGUUGGUUUUGCGCAAGCGUCGCGCGGCCAAGAUCGUGGUCGAAGAAACCGUUCAUAAACUCCUUGCGUCAGACCGCGAUCUGUUCAAGGCGUUCGUGGCGUCGACGACGGGCGUCAGUCGCUCGUUUGGCAAGAGCCAGGGCCAGGACGACGACGACGCAACGCGCAAGCGAGGGCACCAUGCGAACGAUGAUGACGACGACGAUGAAGACGACAAUGACUUUGGCGAUGAGGACGACGACGAUGACGACGACGACUCGGACGACUCGGACGACGAAGACGACUCUGAAGACGAUUCUGAAGCCGAUGACGACGAUGCAGGGGACGACGAGGGCGAAGAGGACGACAGUGCUGCUGCUGGCGAUGACAGCAAGGAUGGCCAGGACAAGGAGGCGGCCAAACACAAGUCCAAGAAACACCGCAACGACAAGGACGACCGCCACAGCACCAAGCAUGCCGACCGCCAUGGCAAGGAGCGACACGAAAAGAAGACAAAGAAGAAGUCGUCAGCCAAGGAAGAAGUCAAGCGUCCCAAACGACGUGCCAUUCUGAGUGACGACGAAGACGAACCUGAAUCCGCAACUGCUGCUCCAGAGUCCGAGGACGAGCAAGAGCCUCGUACAACUGAAAAGCGUCGCCGUGAUUCCGACGAAGACGCCGCGGGCAGCGAUCAGGAGGCUCGCCAAUCCUCGAAAAAGCGUCGCUCCGAUGAUCAAGAGGGCUCGGGGAAUGACAGCGAAGAAGAAGAAGAAGAAGAAGGGUCUGGUGAAGAGACAAAUGCACGCAAGCCGCGAGAAGACAACUAUCCUGAUCUGGAUGACGAUGAUUUGGCACUCGUGCAGGAGAAUGUGGAUCUUCUUGGCGCGCACUCGUCGCGCACGCGCAAACGUUUCAUUAAGGGCGUCGAGCAAACACGCACAGAGCGUCCAACUGCUGCUUCGCAAGCAGACGAUGAUCUUGGCCUUGAUAUGAGCGACGAGGACGACGAGGAAGAAGAGCGCGGGAGUGCGCAGCGCCCGCAAAAGCGGCCUCAGGCGCCCGUGCAAAAAUCCGCUUCUCGCGCCUCCCGUUCCGAUGCCGAUGAUGCUGCUGCUGCUGCGGCUGCUGCGGCAGCGGAUGAUGCUCGAGCGGAAGAGGACGAGCGAGACUUUUUGGACGAUCGCAAGGGCCAACUGAGCAGCAACAUUGCAACCGCCAUUCAAAUUUUCGGCGAAGAUUACCUCAAGUACAUGACGUCGGAGGACUUGGACGCCGAUGACGACUUUUUCGACGAGCAGGACGAAGAACAGCUGGAAAUUGAUACCCAGCAGGAGGGUCUCGAUGAAGAGCAACGCCAACAGCGUCUCGAGGAAUAUCGCGCCAAACGACAGCCCAAACCCAAAGUGCAAGCGCAAUUGUCAGAGACUUGGACGAUGCUAUUCGCGUCAAAGACGCAGCAGAACGCUUGGGAGGGCGAGAAUGAGCUUGUCUCUGAAGCCGACUGGAUUUUCCGACAAGUCUUCCUCCCUCUCUCUGGGUCGCAGUGGAGCUCAGAGUCGCAGUCGACCGACUAUGAUGCGGCCACCAUGAAGCCCAAAAUCCAGGCGGCGCUUGAUUUAAUUCGCAACCAGGGCAUGGAGGUGCCAUUUAUCGCCAAGUUCCGCAAAGAGUAUAUCGAGACCGAAAUCCAAACGCCCGAGCUUUGGAAGAUUUACGCGCAAGACGUGGUUUGGUCGGCGCUUGUUCGUCGAAAGCGAUCCGUCCAGAAGGGAUUGGUCGACUUGCGCUCUUACUUGCAAGAGGCGCUGAUUGCUGCUUCGACGGCCCUCAACCAGAGUCUUGAGUCGCAGUCCAACUUUGAGCUCGGAUCGACUGCAGGCUCAUCGGAAGAUCGCGAGCGCUCAGCCAAUGUCAACCACGGAUUGGACUUGGUGGAGCGAGCCUUGCAUCUCUUGACCGAGUCGCAUGUUCCUCUUGAGGUGGACGACAUUACAGACCACCUCAAUCUGCACUUUGGCGACGCUCUGGCAAACAUUCGUGCCAAGCGAUCGGCCGCAGACGCAGCCCGAGACGCACCAUUCACGAAAAAGCCCGUGCAGCGAGACCAACACCUUGUGGCGCGUGAGGCUGGCUUGCUGCGCCUCCAACGUCAGUUCUGUCUCGCCGUCGAGCAGCUUGCUGAAAAUCUUCGCCAGGACUACCAGGCCCACUAUCCGCCCGAGUCUCCUGUUGAAACCCCGACGACUGCUGCUCAAGAGUAUGCAACCGGACGGCAUGGCUUUUCCAGCGCUGAGACGGUUCUCUCGGCGGUGCGCAUGGCAACAGCCCAGGAAAUUGCGUGCGACCCGGUCAUUCGCACCGUCGUGCGCCAGCACAUGACCGAGCGUGGCUACCUCUCCGUGCGGCCGACCCCGCGCGGAGCACGAGAACUUGACGAAUCGCACCAGUACGCGCCGUUCAAGUACAUUACCAAAAAGCCCUUCUCCUCCUUCAAGGACGAGCAAUUCCUGCUGAUGCUCAAGGCCGAGAAGGAGGGACUGCUGCAGCUCUACUUUGGUCUGCCGCUCACCGAGGCCGAGAACCGAGCGGAGGAGGAUCGCCAAGUGGAAGCCGAUCGCAAAGCACGCGCCGCAGUGGACGCGGCAGAGGCAGCUGCUCCUGUCGGAGCAGCGACUUCGAGUCUUCCCAAGUUUGUUCCCGCCACCAUCCAAACGUCUUUGCUUUCAGCGGCGGAAUCUGUGCGAAAGACACGAUUGUUUGCCCUCUUUGACAGCUUCUUUUGCGACACUGGCGUUUCUGAGACGGCCAACUUGUGGAAUGAGCAACGGCGCAUGAUUCUGGUCGGGGCGCUCCAACUCUUGCUUUUGCCGCGCAUCGAGCGCGAAAUUCGUGUGCAGCUGGAAGACCGCGCGAUUCAGUUUGUCGCAUCCAAGUGCGCAGCCGCCCUCAACGAGCUGGUUCGAGUUGGGCCAUUCCCGCGCACCACUCGUGUCUAUCGUCGCACCACGACGGGAGACACUUCCAGUCGACUCAACAAGGCCAAGAAGAAGAGCUGGGAGUCAGAGUCCUUUGAUCUGGACGAUGAUGAUGAAGCCAACAACAGCGAUUCUGACGAGGAUGACGACGAACGGCGCAAUCGCUCGCACAAGUCGUCUCGAAGCGGACGUAAAUCUGGCAUCCACGAAGAGAUGGAGAUUGACGACGGUCUGGAAAAGGGCGCGCGUGUCCUCGCCGUUGUGCCUGGUUCGCAAGACACGCCUUCCUUUGCAGUCAUGCUCGAUGGAAACGGACGGGUGCUCGACUUUGCUCGGCUCCAACACUUUUUGAAGCGCGUGAGCGAGGGCGAUUUCACAUCCGAAUCGGCUCGUGUGCGUGAAGAAGAACUGGAUCGCUUGAAGAGCAUGAUUGUGUCCAAGCGUCCUCACGCCAUCGCUCUGGGCCUCGACCGUCUCGAGUACCGUCGCAACAAGGAUCUUCUUGAGCGCUGUCUGCGCGAUAUUCCCUCGGACGAGUAUCCGUUUGUCAGCUCGGUGGCCGUCCAGCUUGUCGACAUGGCGGCAGCCCUGCUCAAGGAAAACACUGCCCGCUUUGCGCGCGAAUUUCCCGACUACCCUCCACUCCUACGACGCGCCAUUUCCGUCGGCCGUCGCCUGCAAGACCCUCUCACAGAAAUCGCCUCGCUUUGCGUGGAAGGCGCAACGCUGGUGGGUGGAAACGGCGGCUCGUUCGGCACGGGCACAAUGGCUGGCGCCAACGUCCGCGCGGCGUCUUCCCUUGUGCUGAGUCACUCGGGCGUGGCCAUCGAAGACGAGCUGACCUUGCUACGACUGCAUCCGUUGCAAUCCAUCAUCCCGACGACGGCACUGCGCCCUGCUUUGAUUCAAGUUUUGAUCGACAAUGUUGCGCUCGUCGGUGUCGACAUGACCCAAGCGCUGCUGCACCCGCACACGGCCAGCACGCUCCAGUUUGUUGCCGGCUUGGGUCCGCGAAAGGCACCUGCACUGCUGGAGGCCAUCAAGGCGGCAGGCGGUCGACCACGCAGCCGCGAAGCGAUCGGGUUGACGGGCAAUCUUGGCCCAACCGUCCUGAUGAACUGCAUUGGCUUUUUGCGCAUCUUUGGAGUGAGCGACCCUGACGAGGACGCAGGCGAGCCUUCUUCGUACAUUGACAUCUUGGACACGACCCUGAUUCAUCCUGAAAACUACGAUGUAGCUCGAAAGAUUGCUCGAGACGCCCUCGACUAUGACACGAUUGACGAGCGCGCCCCGUCUCACCACGUGGAAGAGCUGCUGCGCCAGCGACAAAAGCUGAACGAGGUCGAUCUCGACCACUAUGCACAGCACAUGGAGGCCGCACACGUCGGAAAACGCAUUCGGACCACUCUGUACGACAUUCGGUCUGAGCUCACGUACCACGGUGUCGAUUCGCGACCUCCUUUCCGUCCGUUGUCGGACGACGACAAGUUCACGUUGGUUACGGGAGAGUCCGACGCCACUCUGUGGGAAGGCAUGCUUGUGGACUGCACUGUCGUCUCACUGCAAGAAAAGAGUGUGCGUGUUCGUUUGGACAAUGGCAUGAUUGGCUUUAUCGGCAUUUCUCGUUUGAGCGAUUCGCGUGUCGAAAACCCGAGUGACUAUGUCCGUCCUGGGCAGCACGUGCACGCGCGAAUCACGCGAGUCAACAAGCUGAACAUGACUGCAGACCUCACCUCCAAGUCCUCCGACCUGCAAAACACAUCCGGCGUCUUUACACCUCGUCGCGACACCUUCUACGACCUCGAUUGCGAAAAGUUUGAUCAGGAGCAGGCGAGAGCGCGUGCCCGCCGGCUGGCCAAGCGCGCCACGUACGUCCCACGCACCAUCCAGCACGGUCGCUUCAAGAAUGUUGACUUGCGCAAAGCCUUGGCGCUGCUCAAGGCUGGCCAUGACGGCGAUGUCAUCAUCCGCCCGUCCUCGAAGGGUGGCGACUCGUUGGUCGUGACUUGGCGCUUGGCUGAGGGUGUUUACCAGCAUCUGGAGGUUGUCGAGCAAAACAAGCCCAGUCCUACUGAACUUGGCCGUGAGCUGUACAUUGGCAAGGAGCGCUUUGAUGAUUUGGACGAAAUCCUUGCUCGCCACGUCUCGCCAAUGUUCAACCUGCUGCAGGACGCGCGCAGCGCAAAGUUCUGGACGAACGCUCCAGUGCCUGAAAUCGAUCAGUCGCUGCGCGAGGAGAAGGCAGCGCAGAGCGGUCGCAUCCCGUACAAGCUCGCACUGGUGCCCGACAAACCCGGUCGCUUGCUGCUGGCCUAUUUGCCCUCCCACAGUGUGCGCCACGAGUAUGUCAGCCUCACACCCGAUGGCUUCCGGUUCCGUGGUCAUGGCUUUGCCCUGAUCGCCAAGUUGAUUGCGUGGUUCAAGGUCCACUUUAACGAUCCCACUCCUUCCAGCAAUCAACAGCGCCACGCGCACUCGCAGCCAUCCCGGGUGCACCCCCAGCCGCACCACUCCACUGCCUCUUCUGCCUCUUCCCACUCGAGUUCCAUGCUGCCUGCGUCAAGUGGACUGUACUCCGCCAUGCCCGUCGGCGCUACUGCUGCAGCUGCUGCGGCCACCCCAGGCCAGUCGUUUGUUCACCCGAGUCGACAACAGCCUCAAGUGCAGCCACCAAUGCAGCCGAUGCAGCCAAUCCAACCCUUCCCGUUCGGCGCACCGUACGCUCCGGGAGCACCUAUGGCUUACCCGCCGGCUGGCUAUCCUUACUUGCCCCAGCAGCAGCCGCAGCCGCAGUCUCAGCAACCUGGUGCCUUCCCUCCGUUCUUCCCCAUGGCAGGCGUGGCACCCGCAUAUCCACCAGCUGGUGCCAUGCCACAGCAGCAGCAGCAGCAGCAGCAGCAGUACUAUGACGAUCGUGGUCGCUAUUAUUCGUCUCGUCGCUGA